CCAACUGUUAGUCUUGCUUUAUUCUAAUCUCUCUCUCUCUCUCUCUCUCUCUCUCUCUCUGCUGCUGCCUUCUUCGAUGGCUUCGGCUGUGUUCAGAGCAACUGAGUACUCGCCCAUUAGCUCGACAGUGGCCCUCGCACUCUGGCUCGGCGGCAUUUACUUCAAUGCCUUCCUCAUCAUCGCCUCGCUCCUUCUCCUCCCCUUCCGCUACGCCGCCGGAGUCUUAGCGCUGCAGUUAUUGUUCUUGGUGAUUCCCCUAAACCAUAAGAGCAAAUGGGGGCGAAAUUUGUCAAGAUUUAUCUGCAAAUACGCCCUUGGGUAUUUUCCUGUCACUGUCCAUGUGGAGGACACAAGUGAUUUUGAUCCGAACCAAGCAUAUGUUUUCGGUUAUGAGCCUCAUUCAGUGAUGGCGAUUGGCUUUUGUGCUUUUUCUCAAGAUGCUGGCUUAUUUCCGCUUCCUAAGAUCAAAGUUCUUGCUGGCAGUUCUCUGUUCUAUAUACCAUUUUUAAGGCAUAUAUGGACGUGGUUGGGUAUGGUUCCAGCCUCAAGGAGGAAUUUUUACAAGUAUUUGGGAGCUGGGUACAGUUGUGUCAUCGUGCCUGGUGGUGUGCGGGAGAUUCUUUACAUGGAUUCUGAUUCGGAGGUUGCUUUCCUUAAAGCAAGGAAAGGAUUCAUAAAGAUAGCAAUGGAGACCGGCAGACCUCUUGUUCCUGUCUUUUGCUUUGGCCAGUCUAAAGUUUUUAAGUGGAGGAAGCUCAAUGGCAAAUUGUUUAACCAGAUUGCUCGGGCAGUCAUGUUUGCCCCUAUCAUAUUCUGGGGAAGAUUUGGAUCACCUAUCCCCUUUAGACAACCUAUGGAUAUUGUGGUGGGAAGGCCCAUCGUGGUUAAGAAAAAUCCACAACCCUCCGUGGAAGAGAUAAAUGAAGUGCAAGAACAGUUUAUUUCGGCUAUGGAAGAUCUCUUUGAAAGGAACAAAGCUAAAGCUGGAUAUCCUGACCUCAAGCUGAGAGUUCUCUGAUUUUUCAGCACUGCAACAAUGUCUCCAAUCUGAGAGGUCAGGAUCAUUAUGAAAUCAAAAGUAGCUUGUUUGAUCAACUUUGUAAAAUUUCGAGAGCUUGUGUUAAUAUUUGCCAAGAUAAUCAACCAACCAUUUGGUUUGCAAAUAAUUGAGGAUCUUCUGCUAGAAUUUAAGUAAUCAGACUUCAGUUACUUUGGUUUGCAAAUAAUCUGAUUCUCUAUUUCAUAA